AUGAUAAAACGAGAUGCCAUUACUAUUAGUUGUGGAUCAUGGAAAUACGAUAAUGGAAGUGAAUUUAUAGGUUAUAUUGUUGAAAAACAUGAUGCAUCAAGAAAUGUUUGGCAACGUAGUGAAUAUAAUAAUCUAUGUACAUCUACAUAUACAAAUAUUGGGUUCACUGAAGAUGUUGCACAUCAUUUUCACAUACGUAUAUCGAUUUUCAUUCUAUCUCCGUCAUUGUUUCUUAAUGUAAAAUAUUCAUUUGAACAAAUAUCAUUUUCAUAG